CGGAAGCGGUAGUGACCUAGUUAAAUAGCCGCUGCUGCCCCGGAGCUGUGAACUGUGUGUGGAUGGAACCACGAGGGAUUGUAAAGGCUUUCCCCAAAGUGAAACGGUCGAGAGAAAGCAGAGAUGCAGCAGAGGACACAAAGAAGAUCAAAGUAGAUGUUGACGUUCAGGGAAAAUGUUUUGCUGGAGUCCAUGCUCACGUUCUCCCAGCCGGGAUCGGCCAGGUCAGAUCAGGAAUAUUUCAGAAGCAGAUCAUUCAGAAUGGUGGCCAGGUUUACAGCCAGUUGUGCCCGGAAGUGACACACAUUAUCGUGGAUGAUGGAAUGGACUGUGACCGCGCCUUUCGCCUGUUGAAGUUGCAGCGUCUUCCAGCGUGUGUGCAGCUCGUGAAGUGCAGCUGGCUCAGCUUGUGUAUUAAAGAAAAGCAGAUCGUGAACACAGCGGGGUACAGCAUCUUCAUCCCUGAGAGGUACCUGGAUGUGAAGGACAAGGUAGAGCCAGAACAAAGGGACGGGGAUACUGCGAUCGACAGGAAGCCAGAUGAUGAACGGCCACAAGCUACGACCAGCUGCCUACCAGCAGAAGUCCCUUCUGAUGUCUCCAAGCUGAGUGAUAGCAAAGACUUGAAAGUCCAGGACAUUUUGUAUGUGAAGGCCUGCGAUGACGACGCCAGUGAUGGAGAAGAUGUUGGUGUGACACAAGGAGACCUGGAGGCUCUGAUGUUUGGGGAGCAACUUUCAAAGAACAAAGAUGGUGAAAAGACGACGGAAGGCAGUAAAACGGUGGCAGGAAAGUGGGUGUGCGCCCACUCAUCUGAGAGUAAGAGGGAGAACCACAACCAGGUCAUCACAGACAAGCUGGAGGUGUUGGCCAAGGCUUAUUCAGUGCAAGGAGACCGAUGGAGAUCUCUGGGGUAUUCAAAAGCCAUCAAUGCUCUGAAAAGUUACCAUAAACCAGUGACAUCUGCACAGGAUGCUGCUAAAAUCCCUGGCAUUGGGAAGAAGAUGGCUGAGAAAAUUGAAGAAAUUUUGGACAGUGGACACUUGCGGAAAAUUGACCAUCUAAGCGACAAUGUGGCCAUUUUGGAAGUUUUCUCUAAUAUAUGGGGAGCUGGUGUAAAGACAGCUCAAAGCUGGUACCAGCAGGGAUUUCGAAGUCUCGAUGACAUCCGCACAAAGGCGAGCCUGACCACACAGCAGGCUAUUGGCUUGAAACAUUAUGAAGACUUCCUAGACCGUAUGCCCAGGGAGGAGGCUGGACAGAUUGAAGAAACUGUUAGAAAAGCUGCUAAAGCGAUAAACCCAGAGCUGGUGUGCAUGGCCUGUGGCUCCUACCGGCGCCAGAAAUCGACGUGUGGUGAUGUUGAUGUAUUAAUUACGCAUGCUGAUGGCAAGUCUCAUAAAGGAGUGUUCAGCAAACUGAUUGACAGCCUCAAAUUGCAAGGUUUCCUAACUGAUGAUUUGGUGAGCCACGAGGAGAGCGGAAAUCAGAAGAAGUAUAUGGGAGUAUGUCGCUUACCAGGGCCAGGGCGGAGGCACCGGAGACUGGAUGUCAUCAUUGUGCCUUAUGGGGAGUUUGCCUGCGCUCUCUUAUAUUUCACGGGUUCCGCUCACUUUAAUCGCUCCAUGCGAGCUCUUGCAAAGACCAAGAGCAUGAGUCUCUCUGAGCAUUCCCUCAACAAGGAUGUGGUGCGUAAUGGAAGCCUGAAGGUUAACGCCGGAUACCCUCUGCCAACACCAACCGAGAGUCACGUGUUUGAGAUCCUCGGACUUCCCUUCAGAGAGCCACACGAAAGAGAUUGGUAGCUUUAUCAAUAACUUUAAGGAAAGAUUAUGUGACAUUUGAUAUACAAAUAACUUGCCUUUUCAAUCAUUCAUUGAAUCAUGUGAAUUAGAAAGCUGUAUAAGGCAUGUCUGUAGCGCCUACUGCUACAUGGUCGCCCAUUGAUUUAAUAAUAUGGUACAUCAUACAAAGCCCCUGUUAAAGGGGUAUUCCGCUUUGGAUCAUCUCUAUUGGCUAAGGCCCCUUUACAUCGCUCAAUUGAGCAGACGAUUGUCUGGAAGGAAGCGUUCUUUCCUGGCAAUUGUCUACUCGUCAGUAGAGGAGGAAGCUGCAUUUACAU